AUGGCUGGCGGCAUUACGUGCGGAUCCUUGCUGCAGAAGCUGCAGCUUGUGUGGGAUGAAGUUGGCGAGAGUGACGAGGACCGUGACAAGGUCCUGUACCAGCUGGACCAGGAGUGCCUGGAUGUCUACAAGAGGAAAGUGGACCAGGCAACCAACUCGAGGGAUCUCCUUAUCCAGGCACUCGACGACUCCAAGAUCGAGCUUGCCAGGCUUCUCUCUGCUCUGGGGGAAAAAGCUAUAGCAAGAACUCCUGAGAAGACAUCAGGGACAAUCAAGCAACAGCUAGCUGCUAUCGCACCAACUCUUGAGCAGUUGAACAAGAAGAAAAAUGAGAGAGUAAGAGAAUUUGUUAGUGUACAGUCACAAAUUGAUCAGAUAUGCGGUGAGAUUGCUGGCACCACAGAGGUCGGUGAGCAGGUGGCAACACCACAGGUCAACGAGGACGAUUUGACACUUGAGAGGCUUGAAGAUUUUCGGUCCCAACUCCAGGAGCUUGAGAAAGAGAAGAGCAAUAGGUUGGAAAAAGUUCUUGAGUAUGUUAGCAUGGUUCAUGAUCUCUGUACCGUCUUGGGGAUGGAUUUUCUCAGCACAGUUACUGAAGUUCAUUCCAGUCUUGACGACUCCAUUGCUGAUAACUGCAAGAGCAUCAGUGAUGAUACAUUGUCCAAACUUGAUCAGACAGUAGCCACACUUCACGAAGAUAAAAAGCUGAGGCUAAGCAAGCUUCAAGAGCUUGCUGGUCAACUGUAUGAUCUUUGGGACCUCAUGGAUGCUCCCAUGCAAGAAAGGAGCAUGUUUGAUCAUGUCACCUGCAACAGAUCAGCAUCUGUAGAUGAAGUGACUGCUCCUGGAGCUCUUGCACUUGAUUUAAUUGAACAGACUGAGACAGAAGUUCAAAGGCUAGACGAGCUAAAAUACAGCAAGAUGAAAGAAAUCGCUUUCAAGAAGCAAACUGAGCUAGAAGAUAUAUAUGCCGGUGCUCACACAGUAAUAGACACCGCCGCAGCCCAUUUGAAACUAUUGUCGCUGAUUGAAGCAGGGAACAUAGAACCGACAGAACUGAUUGCUGACAUGGAAGGUCAGAUAGCAAAAGCAAAGGAAGAAGCAUUGAGCAGAAAAGAUAUAUUAGAUAAAGUUGAAAAAUGGAUGUCUGCAUGUGAAGAAGAAAGCUGGCUUGAAGAUUAUAACAGGGAUGACAAUAGAUAUAACUCAAGCCGAGGUGCCCAUCUGAACCUCAAACGUGCAGAAAAAGCUCGCAUUCUUGUCAGCAAGAUUCCAGCACUUGUUGAAACUCUGGUGGCCAAGACUAGGGCAUGGGAAGAAAGUCGGGGUUUGUCCUUUAUGUACGACGGUGUACCGCUUCUGGCUAUGUUGGAUGAGUAUGUUAUGCUAAGGGAGGAAAGAGAAGAAGACAAGAAAAGAAUGAAGGAACAAAAGCGCUAUGUCGAGCAGAAGCUGAGCACUGACCAUGAAGGGCCAUUUGGAUCACGAGUAAGCCCCAACAGACCGGCAACCGCAAAGAAGCUACCUGGCCCAAAAGCCAACGGCACCUCCAUAAAUGGCACUCCUCCGAGUAGAAGACUUUCGAUCAACGGUAGGUCUGGAGGGAAGGACAGCAAGAGGGACUCCCUGAGGGCUGCCCCGGCAUCUCCAGGGAAUGGAGCUACGGCUGCCAAGGAAGACAUAACGUCCUCCCACAUCUCCGCUGGCGAUCUGGCUCCAAACACACCAUGAUCUUUGACUCAUAUAUUAGAUAAAACAGAAGACAUUUUCGGUUGAUGUUCUUUCCAUUUGUUUUGUGGUAAUAUAAUAUAAUGUAACGUGAUUGUAGCAAGGAGGAAGUAUAUGACGUCCAUCA